ACAGCAACACAAGGCAAAACAUAACCGCAUAUUUCAUCCAUUAACCAAGAAAUUUAGCCUAUGUUGACAAAGAUUCAAGCAGCGGUAUUUCAGGUUUUAUUAUCUGGGAAGUUGAAAGAAUAGUGUUUCAAUAUUUACAUUAUAAGUUUCUCAUUAAUAAACAAUGUUUGGUGUUAUUGUUUCGGGUCGCUUGGUCCAAACUGAGUUUCAACCCAUAAGCCAUAGUCAAUUUUUAACUACUAUACCUGAUGCAGAUAACAUAAAUCAUGUAGUAGUGUUUUUAACUGGAAUUAGCCCUUUUCCUGAAGGAACAGCUGGACAAGUUUACUUCAGCUGGCCGGAUCCAAAUGCUCCACCAAAUUGGCAAGUCUUAGGGCACAUAUCAAAUACAAAGCCAUCAGCAAUAUUUAAAAUUUCGACUUUGAAAAAACUACAUGAAAUGAAUAGCUUUUCUAACACUAUGUUUGGUCAAAGUAAUAUUUGUCAUAAUGCCCAAAUAGGAAUUUCAAUAGAGCCUCUAAUGAAUAUAACUGAAGUUCCUUCUCCAAGUGGACCUGCAAAUAAUAUAACAUUUGCUCAGAAAAUGUUGGAGAAUUUCAUGAACUACAUUUUGAGCUUUUCAGUAACACAAAGCAAUAUGCUACCUGAUCCAACUGCUACGUAUGUCCCUCUAUCAACUGUACAAAAUUGGUAUACAAAUUUUGAAAGAAGGUUAACACAAAACCCUAACUUUUGGAAAACAUAGACAAUGCAUCAAAAAGUUCACAUUUUCCCUUAUCUUUCAAUUAAACAAAUGAAAUCAAUUAUCGUUUUAAUUGCUAUUAUAUUCAGCUUUUUUUUGGAUAUUUGUUGAAUUGUUUUUUCGGCAAGAUAGAUUUUAUUGGCCUUCUGAUCGAGUUGGAUGUUGAGAUGUGAAAAAAUUUUAUAAUAUUUUACUGAGCAAUUAUAUUCAAAAGAUUAUAAGAAAAUUAUUUGAGAAUUGUAUUGCAGUUGUUUUCAUUUGUGUCUUUAUUUGAUAUGGUACAUACUCAUGUUUUCAUUAUGAUUACCAGUGUUCCUCUUGAUGAUCUCUUGAGUUGCUAUGAAACUAAAAAAAUCAUUGAAUUUAAUCACAUCUGCAUUUGUUGUAUAUACAUUAAUUAUUUUCGAAAAACGAUUAGCAGGUACACAAUAUCAUAUAUUAUUAUCAUUGAAAGUCUCAAUUGAAUAGAUUUCUCGAAUUAUUCUCAUAUUUAUUGUAAUCGUUUAUUAUUAAUAAAGUUGACUUAGAUCAUU